UCCGCCUAUACCUACCUCUGCACCGUCUUCCCAUCCAGUCGAUAGAAAAGCACAGUGUCACGACCCGGCUGCGAGCGAUUUACUGCGGUGACCCUUUUAUGCUCCUUUGCCUUCCUUGCAUUACCAGACACAGAAGAAUAAACAAGAUGAGUGGAGAACAUACCGGUUUCUUCUACGGGGUUUUGAUGGUCCCGGAGAUUUUCUAUAGCAUAUGCUAUGGCACCAAGAACCCUCCCGAAGCGAUCCGCAAGCUGCACACCUUUACCCCGGCCGUGCUUCAUGACCAUGGCCGUCAUCGCGUCAAGUCCGCAGACUACCCUGCAGUGAUUCCCGAGAAGGGUCACCGCGUAGACGGCAUCUACGCCACUGGCUUGACCGACGCCAACCUAGAGAAGCUGGACUUUUUUGAGGGCUCGGAGUAUGAUCGCGUCACCGCCCAAGUCGAGGUUCAGGACGCUUCCAGCGGCAAGGAGACCGUGUAUACGUCCAAGCCUGCCUCCGUUUAUAUUUUCCUCCGUACGGAGGUGGUGGAACAGCGCGAAUGGGACUUUGAGGAGUUCUGCCGUGAAAAGAUGAGACUUUGGACGAGGAAUGGCUUCUCCUUCGAGGAUGUUGCCGAAGACUACGCCGUGAAGGCGGCCGCUUAAACGCUCCGAGGCCAGGCUCCGUGCACCCGGCAGUGUCGGCUCUGUUGCUGCCGCUAGCCAGCUGAUCGGCACGGGCGCCGUUAUUUCUGUCUGUCUGUUCUGUCUGUGCUUGACCACCAUGCGAACAAUCAACAGCCCGUUUGGCAUUUGCCCCGGCGGGGCCGUCAGCGGGUAUUUAUAGCUAUAGAAAGAUGCGAAGUAUAGAAACUGUUUUGCCUGCCAGC